AUAGAGGACACGAUGAACAUACAUCUCCACCCUGAUCCGUCUCUUCAAACUGAAAAUGCAAACCUGAAAACUUCCAGCAAAGCCCCCUGGUAUCAGCUCGUAUGCCAAUGAGCAGCAGACUUUAAUUAGCAAAGACAAUAGUGACCAUCAGAACAACCAGAGCAUGUUACAGAGGCUUCAGCAGUUGUUGAAUUUUUAAAAGAUCGUUGUGAACCCUGGAAUUAUUUCAGAUCAGUUGAUUUGGCCACACUGUGUAAACAGAAGUGACAGCUUUUAAUGUUUUAUAGCUGUCAAUGUUAUUUCCUCAUGUAAAAUGUGAGGGAAAGUCUGAAACAGCUUCGUACAGUGACGAUGACAAAAGGGGACUAAAAGCUUCUAAAAGACAUCAUCUUUACGAAGAGAAAUGUGCUAAUAUUUGGAAUUCACAUUUUUGAAGAGAAGAAAAACAGAUGGGAUACGGCUGUAUCUGCAUGCUUAACCUUCUGCCUUCAGACUCUUAUUAGAUCUGCAUUCCGUGCUUUGAAGAAUACUGAGCAGCAGAGAAGAAUCAAUGGCAUCACCGGGCGAACCUAAGGACACAACAGACAUCCCUGCAAUCUUCAUCGCUCCUUCCACAACAAACUAAUCUUCCUAAAUCAGCAGUGAAAACUGAGUAAAACAUAAAUACCGAAGCUACCAGCACACUACCAUUGUGGGAGUCAGUGAAGCAUAACUGAAUAAACUCUAAAAUUCCACCCGCCAUCUAUUUCAGUUUCAGUUAUUACCUAGUAAGGAAUUGACCAUUGUGACCUUACAAGGUCAUCGAUGAAGCAGAUGACAAUCACUGGGCCAAGGACACAGUCCUCCGGAAGCGCUGAUGACUCGUGAUGAACCAUGUGCCUGUGAUGCUGCUGCAAGUCACUGAUGAAGCAGCCAGCUGGGCUUUGGAUGCUGCCUUGUGGAACUCCAUCAAAGAUGUCCUGGGGAUUGGAUGAUUGAUGUCCAAUAACUACAAUCAUCGACCUUUCUAUGAGGGGAUUGGUCUCAGACUGGGUUGGCUGUGGUGCACAGGGUGAAUUCCAGUUCAGCUUCUUCUGUUGACUUAUGGGUGUUGGCUAUUGACUCAUCUGCAGCAGCUACGGCUGUUGAUGAAAAGGCAUUCUCAAGGUCUUAUCACAUGCCUUCUUUAUCAACUCUACAUUGAUGGUAUACUUCAUUCAGACUUUUGCAUUAAUCUUAUCAAAUUGAAAUAUUUUCUUCAGAAUCUGACCCAUCUUUCACCUACAUUGCUCAGCUUCAGCUUUACUGAGGGGUGCAUCCCAUUGUGUGGCACGGUCGGAUUCCAUGCGGAUUGUCUGAAGAUUCCUUAUGUAGCUUUCCUCGUGCAGUUGUACUGUUCUGUCAACAGCAAGGAUGUCUAUCCCUGCAUAGCAGAAUCUGUCACGUUCAUCCUGUCCAACCUGAAAGACUGACUUUAGCUGAGGGAUAACUGUCGUAGCAAAGUUUUGUGAGCCUCCCGAUAUGAAGUCAUCUACAAGACAGUCUAGAAUGAUGCACCCCCACAUUUGUACCUCCGUGUCUCACGAAUACCACAACUCCAACCCGACCAGUGACAACUCCUGGACCUUUCCAUUCUGUACGUGUUAAAGUUCUCUGCCGUAUCUCUGAGGGUCUCUUUGUAUUUACAAUGCUACCAGCACUGAAAGGUGUGAACUAUCAAUGAUGUGGAGGUACCAUACUCCUUGCUGCAGUUCAUGGGCUGCACUGUAUUUUAUUUCACCGAUGUUACAGUCAUUCUGUAGUAAGUUACUACUGGCUGACCAAGGACUACUUCAAGAAAAGGAACUCAAGUUUUCAUCUUAGGAAGAAUCAGAAAUUUGCAAUUGAGAUGUACUUGAAAUUAUAUGAGUUACCCUGGUUGCUUUUCGUCAAUCAGCCAAAUCAUUUAGAAUAAUUAAAUCAGGUUAACUAUUGGAGGUCAAGAAGCAAGUUACUUCAUGAGAUAAAAUUAGUAACUACAUGUUCUUUUCCUCAGAAGAAUCAGAGGAGCAAAGGAGGAGAAUGCUUGCAAAAGCAACUCUUUAGUUUUUGUCAUCAGAAUAGCAAGCAUUGCUCUUUGCUUAUUCUGGGUUUUGCGACAGUUUCAAAAAAUGAUGGAAUCAGAUCUCUUAAGGAAUGGAUCCAUGACUGGUAACAGCUCCAAUCAAGAGGAGGGUCAGAGCCUUUUGAAAGUAGUAUCAAUUUCCAUUAUUACUGCUAUUGUGAGCCUUGUAACAAUAGUAGGUAAUAUUUUAGUCAUUGUUUCAUUCAAAGUGAACAGCCAGCUAAAGACAGUCAAUAACUAUUUCCUGUUAAGUCUAGCCUGUGCUGACCUCAUCAUUGGAAUUUUUUCAAUGAAUCUCUACGCCUCUUAUAUAUUAAUCGGCUCCUGGUCGCUAGGAAAUUUGACGUGUGAUUUGUGGCUUGCGUUGGAUUACGUAGCCAGUAAUGCCUCUGUCAUGAAUUUGCUCCUUAUAAGCUUCGACCGGUAUUUCUCAAUCACACGGCCAUUAACGUACAGGGCUAAGCGUACUCCCAGAAGGGCUGGUAUCAUGAUUGGACUUGCAUGGUUAAUAUCCUUUAUAUUGUGGGCCCCUGCAAUUUUAUGUUGGCAAUACUUAGUUGGAAAAAGAACGGUUCCUUCGAAUGAAUGUCAGAUACAAUUUUUAUCUGUACCUACUAUUACCUUUGGCACGGCCAUUGCUGCUUUCUACAUCCCUGUGUCAGUGAUGACGAUAUUGUAUUGUCGCAUCUAUAAAGAGACCGAAAGACGCACUAAGGACCUGGCAGAAUUGCAAGCAUCAAACCUUGCCCCUGAAGAUGAAGUAGUUGUUUCCAAAAGGACUCUGUUAGCAUCCUGCUUUGGAUGUGUAGGCCACAAGCUCACACACAGGGAAAGAUCCCAAGUAUCGUGGUCUUCAAACAGAAGCACAACAGUGACUCUAAGAUCCACAAACAUACAGAAUGCCACAGAUGAAUGGUUAAAACGUGACAACCAAGAUUCUUUUGCAAACUACCCCAUGUCAGAAGAUGAUGAAAGGCUCACCCCAAAAUCUGCCUCCUUGGCAUCACAAGGACAGAAUCAGAAUGAUGAAUACCCUGGAGAGGAUGACACAACUGUGUCCUUGGAAGAGCCUCCUGCGAUAAAUAAUUAUGAAAAUCAAAAUUAUUUGGUGACCCCUGUGAAAAAACAGAAGGAUAAAAAGUACAUCCCUUACAAAGGUAAUAAAGUAGCUGUCAAAAAUAGCAGCUCCUCAUCCACCUCAGACACAAGUAAUGGCUGCACUGAAAUAAAAGUAACACCCCGCUCAACUGCUGAACCAGAAGUUCCAUAUAUUAGAAAUAUGGAUCCAAAUCUCAGACUGCAGAUCACCAAGAGAAAACGGUUGGUUUUGAUUAAAGAAAAAAAGGCAGCACAAACACUUAGCGCGAUUCUACUGGCUUUCAUUAUCACAUGGACACCGUACAAUAUCAUGGUAUUAGUCUCAACGUUCUGCUCAUACUGUAUCCCAACGUCACUGUGGCAUCUGGGGUACUGGCUCUGUUACGUUAACAGCACAGUUAACCCCAUGUGCUACGCUCUGUGUAACAAAACCUUCCGUACGACUUUCAAAAUGCUGUUACUAUUUCAAUGGAAGCGGAAGUGAACUGUCUAGCCAGCAGCAAGUUACAUCUUUAAAAUAUGAGAUUAAAGCAGAUAUUGUAUAGUUCUUCCAAUGUUCCACCUGUAAUUAUUGACUACUCUUCAAUAACUUUAUUUGCAAAAUAUCGAACAGCCUCGACAGAACUUCUUCCUUAUGAUUAAAGAAACUGAACAGACCAAGCACUAACUGUAACCACAUGGAAUGAAGUCUAAGAACUGGCACUGAAUUUUUUGUGGAAAAUCACAUGACACUGGUCACCAUACCCUUGUUACUUCUCAAGCUACCUUGUCGCAAUGAUAAACACUUCAACAUUCAAAAAGUCUAUUACACCAAGCGCAAAUCAGAGUGCUUAAAAUUCUGAAUUAUAGGUCAAAUAAUGCCAUAAUGCAUACCUUGUGCAGAGAAAGGAUUGUUUCAUUUACACUAAGGUGUCUGGUUUUUUUUGGUAACUUUUUUUUACUGCUCUUCCCUUCCUUCCUUAAAAGCAGUACCGACUGACAGGUGGGGCUUCACAGCAGUUGAUAUCCUACAGCUGUAAAUGUGACUGAGGAUCAGCAGGCCAUUGCAAUACUGGAAGGGGCAAAAGAUGUGAACACAAGGCCAAUUUAAACCACCUCACCACGUGCGCACGUGAAGUCUCUAUCCAACAGAGUUGCUGGAUGGUGAUCAGGAAAUGAAGCUCCGAGUGAAUUUUCACUCCCUGCAAUGUUGUAAUAUGAAUUAUAAUAAACAAACGCAUUUCUCAGAUGUGGAGACCUCUUCCGAAAAAUAGAGGGGUUCCAUGUGGCAGUACUGGACCAGGUGGUUAACACAAAAACAAAAUCAAAAAUGCAUAACAAGAGACCAACAAAUUCAGUAUGAUAAAUACAGAAAACGCCAAGAGAAACCAGAAACAGUCCAACACAUUGCAGGACCCUGCAGCAGUUUAACUCAAUCUGAUUACUUACACAGGCACAAUCAAGUGGCAAACAUAAUUCAGCAAAAUCUUGCUUUAAACUACAAACUCAUAAAAUAAACCAUACCUUUAUUUCAUAAAGUGAGACCACAGAACAACACAGCAUGGAAAUAGGGCCUUCGGCCCAUCAUAUCUGCACUGACCAUCAAGCACACGUUUACACUAACACUUCACUGAUCCCAUAUUAUUCUCCCAUAUUACCACUAACCCCCUCCAGGUUCCACCACUUACCGACCCCAGUGACAAUUUAGUUUCCAAUUAACCUAGGAACCUGGGUAUCAGAAGUACAUGCAGAUACAAGGAGAAUGUUGGAACUGAACCCUGGUCACUGGUCCUGCAAGGCCGUGGCACCACUAUGCCACCUGUUCCACAAGGAACUCAAUUACUUUGAAAGUGCUAGCUAAAUGAGAUAUUUAAAAUUUCACUUCGUCCCAAAUUUGAGUUUAGUGUGCAGAAUUGUAUGUAUUAUACUAACUGGCACUGUCUGUCGAGGAAGAUGCAAGGACGGGUGAUACAGAAUAUGUAAAAGGUUGCAUGGACACUAAUAGAAUGGUUUCCCAUGUCGGGGCUGUUGUGAUGCAUGAACAUUUUAUAUUUUAAACCUGGUCUGGUCUAUACAAGUGUUCUGUCAUAUAGAUAAAGAUUACAUCCAAAACUACAAUAUAUUCCAUUUUCCACUUCCAUGAGCACAAAUCAACUCAGUCAAUAGUAAUUACAAAUGGAAAUGUGCCUAUAGUAUAUUUAGAUAUUGACUGACCGUCCUGCCUGUAAUUUUGUCAAAAUAGUUUUUUCAAACCAAAAUAAAAAUUAAAUGCAGAAAACCUUGUUUUUUUUAAUUUUGAGUUUUGUUUUGUUCAAAACAACGUUGUUAGAACCAAGAUCAUUGCUAAAGUAAUGAAUGUUUCAGUGCUUUUUGUUACCGUUAAAAUACAUUUGCAUUGACAAUGCCAUUAUCUUCAAAAGUAUUUUAUCAAUUCUAGUGAACUGUAGAAAGCUUUGGCAUUCAUUCACAUUACUUGCAAAAAGCUUUAUCAAAUAUACUUUCUUGAUGUUAGGUUCCGGAACUGUUUUCUGAAAUUCCAGAGCAAAUGUCCAAUGCAAAAUUUAAUAAUUUUUACUCAUUAAGAGGUAUGGUAUAUACAUGCAUAAAAAUAAUCAGAUUUUGGGUUCUUGUGACUACCUGACCUUAGCAGUGGUGUCAGUAGUAAAACUGUAUCUUUCUAAUUUAAACAAUUCUUUCUUUGUCAAUCUUAAAACGCUCCAUGAGGGCACUUGUUGCCUAUGAUCUGCUUACAUGCUAACUAUUGACAUGGCUGUUGACAAAUCCUGUAUGCUGAUUGCUGAACUUCUAAACACCUGUUUCAUAAUUUACAUCUAAUACUGUUAUAUUUAUUUGGCAAACUGAAUGGAAAGCCUUUGUUACAAAAGCGUCAGUAUUGCAGAUGUGCAGGUUUGUAUAUGUUUGUACAAUUGUUGUAUUGUUUCAAUUUAAUAUUUUACCACAAAUGUAUCAUAUAUCUUGUCAAUAAAGUCAAG